AUGACUGCACAGCGUGUGCUCGUAUACUUGUUGCGACGAGAUCUCCGACUUCCCGACAAUCCCGUCUUCCACGAGAUCCACCAGCUUUCCCAACAGGCACAAAGACCGUUCACCCACGUUCUCCCCCUGUAUGUCUUUGCUGCCCAACAAGUCGAGGUCUCUGGAUUUCUCUCUGAAUCUGGUUCAAAGUCACCUUUCCCUGAAGCGCGUUCGGAGGUGGGAAAGUUCUGGAGAUGUGGUCCACACCGAGCCAAAUUUCUCGCGGAGUCGAUUUGGGAUGUCAAAUCUCAGCUCGAGGAGCUGGGCAAUGGUCUCCUUAUCCACGUCGGCCUUCUAGGCACGGUUGUCGAAGACAUUUUGAACCAGUUCCAGCGAGCGCAGGACGAAGUAUCGGUUUCGGCAGUUUGGAUGACGGAGGAAGAAGGCGUGGAGGAGAAGCGAGAGGAACGGGAGGUGCGGAAAGCUGCCGAGAAAUUCGGGACACCUUUCAGACUAUGGCUGGAUGAGAAAUAUUUUAUCGAUGAUCGAGAUUUGCCGUUCGACAAACCUUCUGAUCUUCCAGACGUCUUCACAAAUUACCGGAAGUCGGUAGAACCGUUAAGAGAUGCACCUCGAAAGACCUUGCCAGUGCCGCCGUCGCUGCCGCCGCUGCCAUCUUUCAUGCCGCUGCAGCCUCAUCCAUUCUCGGUGCCCGACACAUAUGCAAAAUUGGAAUCGGUGUUAUUGAAACCGUUGAUGGCCAAACCUCCUCUCUCCAACCCACCCCCUUUCCCGUCCUCUGGAGUCAGUUCUGCUCACCCUUUCCAUGGCGGUACCGCCGAAGGACUGCAACGAAUCCAGCAUCUCAUUGAGUCGGGGGUCAUGACCGGGUACAAAGAUACCCGCAAUGGCUUGCUAGGAACAGAUUUCUCGACCAAACUCUCCGCUUGGCUGGCACUCGGUUGCAUCACCGCUCGCCAAAUACAUUCCCGAUUGCUCGACUUCGAGGAAGGCCAGGACGAGCGAUACCAAGGCACCAAGGGAUACGGCCAGGGCGAGAACGCAGGCACCGCUGCUGUGCGCUUCGAGCUUCUGUGGCGAGACUAUAUGAGACUUUCUACGCGAAAAUUUGGUCAUCGGUUGUUCCGGCUCGAAGGGUUUCGGAACGACCACUCGUACGCGUGGAAGACGCCUGGCAGCAAAGGCAGCGGCCCGGAAGUUGCCGAAAUGCUAGACCGAUUCCUGCGCGGGACAACAGGAACAUCCUUUAUCGAUGCGAGCCAACGGGAACUGUACCACACGGGUUACACGAGCAACCGGGCGCGACAAAACGUGGCAAGCUUCUUGGCCAGGCAGCUUGGCAUGAACUGGAAGUUAGGAGCCGAGUGGUAUGAAUGCAUGUUGACCGACUACGAUGUCAGCUCGAACUGGGGCAACUGGCAGUACGUGGCUGGCGUGGGCAACGAUCCCAGAGGCGAAGCCCGAGUGUUCAACCCUAUCAAGCAAGGCUGUGACUACGAUCCCCAAGGCGAGUAUUGCAAGGCCUGGGUAGAAGAGCUCCGAGGGCUGGAGGAGGCACAAGAAAUAUUCCAGCCAUGGAAAGUAAGCAAAGAGAGGAGGGGCAAGUUAGGGCUUGAUGGGCUCGACAUGGUGGAGCGUCCACUCAAGAAGAUUGACUUCAAAGUGGGUGGUAAAGGUAGAGGUGGUGGUGGUAGGGGCGGCAGAUACGGAGGCAGUAGUCGAGCCAGAGCCAGUGGUGGAGGAGACCGAGGACGAGGGCAAGGUGGAGGUGGUGGCAGUUUCGGGGCGAGAGGAGGGUAUCGUGGACGAGGGAAGAGUGAUCGAGGUCGCGAGCAAGGCCGGCAGGAAAGGGAAUAA